AUGGCUGCCACCGACAUUGCCAACGCCAUCACUGGCAACCCUGCCUCCUUCCUCGAGAAGCUCGACCCCAACGUCAACCUCGAGGCCGUGUUCCUCGUCAAGCCCAUCCAGGGCGCUGACAACGUCGGUGCCAUCCUCCACGCCGCGCGCGAGCUCUACACGUUGUACAAGAUCACCGACAAGGCCACAAAGGGCAACAAGACGUACCUCGACUGGACGGGCGAGUGGGCCGACGGCCUCGUCCUCCAGGGCGUGACCAUCCUCACUACCGAGAACGACAAGGUGACCAACAUUGCCGUGCACCACCGUAUCCUCGGCACGAACAUCCUGCUCUCCAAGGAGCUCAAGACGCGUCUCCCCAAGCUCGCCGACCACUUCUGGACCGACUACCAGUCGGCCGGCGAGGCCGCCUACCCGCCCACCGGCUACCCUGUGUACGACUCGUACGCCCACAUCACCGAGGGCAACGUCGAGGACCAGGCGUGGACCAACUCGUUUGACGCCAAGUCAGGCGACGAGUUCGCCAAGGCGCUGCACCCAGACAUCAAGUUCCAGGCGGCGGCCAUCACCCAGACGAUCUGGGGCGUCGACAAGGCCAAGCAGGUCCUGCACCAGGCAAGCAACUUCUACCAGAACCUCGUGUUCGACCACGAGGUCCGCAACGACACCAACAGGAGGUACAUUGAGUGGAAGCUCUCGGGCUUCGACGGCAUGGCCAUGCGCGGCCUCACCACCCUCCAGAUCGACGACCAGGGCCGCAUCGCCGAGCUCAACAUCUACCACCGCCCCCUUGGUGGCUCGGUGUGGCUCUCCAAGGAGCUCAACAAGCGUCUCACGGAGUUUGGCCGUGCCGAUGUGGCGGAGCACUUCUGGAAGGGCGACGAUGAGACCGAGACUAUCAAGGAGGCGUACGCUAGCAGCAAGGAGCUCAAGGACAAGGGUCUUGUGUAA